AUGGGAGGCGCUGUACAGGAAAUUAAGAUGCCAUCAAAGGUCGCAACCAUUAAAGAUGUCGACCUCAGCCAAAUAUACUCUGAGAGUGUAUUGGCUAAGAUCGUGCAAGUCGCACAACGAGGUUUGAAACAAGAGGCACCCUUACAAUCGUAUCCCCAUACCGUACCUCAAGUAGGCCCCGACGCAGGACGGUACGAAGAGCGGGAAGCAGACUUCUGGACAUGUGGAUUCUUUCCAGGUUGCAUAUACGCGCUUCUCGAACGCUCGAUACGAUACCCGCAAGCCAUUGAUGUCCCACAGCAUAUCCAAUCACAAGUACGAGACCAGCUGUUGAAGCUAGGACAACACUAUCGCGUUGCUAUCAAUCAGAUGUCGAGUCGGACAGACACCCAUGAUAUGGGCUUUAUUGUCCAACCCGCAUUGCAGAAAGACUGGGAGUUGACUGGCAACAAGGAAAGUCUGCAGUCUGUUGUCAACGCGGCAUAUGCGCUCGCAUCGCGAUACGAUGAUCGCGUGAAGGCGAUCAGAAGUUGGGAUGUUGCGAUCAAUGAUCGUUACUCCAUCACAGACAUGUCAACAAACUUCCUCGUCAUUAUAGAUAGCAUGUGCAAUCUCGACCUCCUGUACUUCGUUGGCCACAUCAAGAAUGACCAAUCGCUAAUCAACAUUGCAACCCAGCACGCCGACUCGAUCAUACAUGAGAUUCUCCGCCCAGACUUCUCUUCGUACCACCUCGUAAACUUCGAUCCACGUAACGGCCAACCACAAGCCAAGAUGACCAAUCAAGGCUGGAAAGACGAUUCGACAUGGAGUCGAGGCCAGGCCUGGGCGAUCAUGGGAUUCGCGCAGACGUACUCAUGGACGAAAGACGUGAAAUAUCUCGGAACAGCGAUCAAAUGCGCACAGUACUUUCUGGGGAGGUUAGAAGAAGGCGAAGGCAAGUGGCACCACCCCAUGGUCCCGUGCUGGGAUUUCGAUGCGCCACAAGAUAACCCAACAGAGCCGUUACGCGACGCAUCCGCAGGCGUCAUAACAGCCAAUGGCCUUCUCAUCAUUCACCAAUCACUCCAAUCCCUCUCAUCCACCGCUGCAUCUCAACUGUCCGCCAACAGUGACACAAACUUCCUCGAUAUCGCACUCCAUAUCGUUUCGCAGACCCUACACAUGUCUUACGACUCCGAUCUAGCGUCCUUUGAAGCAUCCGUCAAGGCUAUGGUGAAUGGGAAUGGCGUUAACGGUGGCGCGACAGCAUCGGAGCUGAAAAUUAAAGAGACAGGUUUCGAGUGUAUACUGAGGAACAGUACAACGAACUGGAAUGAGCAUGCGCACAAGAAAUACGCGGAUCAUGGGUUGGUAUAUGCAGAUUACUAUCUUUUGGAGUUCGGAAACAAGCUACUGAGGGCAGGGUUGCUUUGA